UUGCAUUCUCGUGCUUCUUCUUGAACAGUAUUUAGUUUAAUUUCUUCCGUUCUUAUCUUCGAUUCGCUUUUAUCCCUUCAUUCUCGCGAGAGGUUCUUCCUCAGCGGCUUGCAUGGUUAGCAGUGUGACGUCACAUUUGUAGUCGUCAGCACCAUUGUUCGUCGUCAGCCGCAAUCAUCUGGUUCAGUUAAGCAGACUGCAGAAACAUCUCGUGGAGAGACUACUUGGGCACUUGCCAAUGCAGCGGUGGUCCUCCCUAGUUAGGACGAUAAGUGGCGGUGGAAGAACUGCUGAGUUCGAGGAUCCAAAGCCAGAUGAAAACAGGACGUUGUUCCAAGCCUUCGAAUGGUAUCUGCCAGCUCCGCCUACUGACGGUGGUCUUCCGAAUGCAAGCCAUUACGACACCUUGACAGCUCUACUUCCACACCUCUCCGCCUUAGGUAUCUCGCACAUCUGGAUUCCCCCAGGUUGCAAAGCUACAUCAGUGCAUGACAACGGGUACGGUAUAUAUGACCUUUGGGAUCUUGGCGAGUUUGACGCGAAGAACAAUGGCAAACCACCAAGGACGAAAUGGGGCCACAAGGCGGAGCUAGAGGCAUUCUGUGCAACGGCAAAGGAACUUGGAAUCGAGAUUCUAUGGGAUGCCGUGUUGAAUCACAAAGCCUCGCCAGACGGAAAAGAGGUGAGUUGGGGCGUCAAGGUAGACCCUCAUGAUCGGACGAAGACCAUCUCUAAACCCUAUGAGCUGGAAACAUGGACAAAGUUCACCUUCCCCGGGCGCGGCACGAAAUACUCCGACAUGAAGUACAAUUGGAAGCAUUUUUCUGGCGUCGACUAUGACUCCCGCCGGAAAGAUCAUGGUAUCUUCAAACUCAUUGGCGAAGGAAAGCGAAGUGACUGGGCACACGAUGUCAGUAAGGAGCUCGGAAACUACGACUACUUAAUGUUCGCAGACCUUGAUCACUCGCACCCCUCCGUACGCACAGACAUCUUCAACUGGGGAUCUUGGAUCACCUCCCUGCUUGAUCUCGGCGGCUUUCGCUUGGAUGCCAUCAAGCACUACUCUCUUUCUUUCCUUGCAGACUUUCUUUCCCAUCUUGAAACGACAACAUCUCAAGGGAAAAAGUUGUUCUUCGUGGGGGAGUUUUGGGAUUCUGAUGUGAACACAUUGCUCAAGGUCAUCAAGAGAUGCCAUGGGCGACUGAAUCUAUUUGAUGUCCAGCUGGUAUAUACCUUCAGCGACUUUUCGAAGGGAAGGCUGCAUGAUUUGACCGCCAUUUUCGACGGCUCUCUGGUACAAAGGGAUCAUGACCAUGCCGUGACGUUUGUUGCGAACCACGACACCCAAGAGACACAGUCUCUGGCUGCACCUGUCGAAGAAUGGUUCAUCCCGCUGGCUUACGCCCUGAUUCUCCUUCGCCACAAUGGUGGGACCCCUUGUGUCUUCUGGGGCGACGUCUUCGGCAUCCAUGGUCCACGGCCUCGACUCCCAGCGUGCGGUGGCAAGCUUGCGCGACUCGUCGCCGCGAGGAAGCUCUACGCACAUGGCCCGCAAAGAGACUACCUCGACCGGGAAGACUGCAUUGGCUGGACCCGGCUGGGCCACAGGUCUAAGGCCAACGGAGCCGGCCUCGCUGUUAUCAUGACCAAUAGCUGGGACAGGGGGUCCAAGAGGAUGUUUGUGGGUCACAGGCACAUUGGGGAGAGGUGGAGGGAUAUUCUCGGCUGGGAAGACAGAGAGGUCGUGAUUGACUCUAAAGGAUUCGGCACAUUCCCUGUCGGCCACAGGUCUGUUGGGGUCUGGACGCACGAGAAGGCCCCUGAUUUUGAGAAGAUCACCAGGUUCUCGUUUCCCAGAUUGGGGCACAGUGCCGCUGCACCGGACCCGAAAAUGUUGCCGGUGUAGGGCCAGAGAUUACGACUCCUUGGGGAAGGGCUCCAGAACGAUCGUCCAUCAAUCCUUCUUUUCGGCGCCAGCGUUCCAGGGCUUCCGUGCAGACGCCGGCGGAGGAACGAUGGCUAUGUCCAGUGGAGCGAUCGGGUCGACAAGCCGGGCUUUGUUGCCACUUCACGGUGGUCUCCAAUAUGCGGCUGACGUUGCCUCAAGUCUUUUUCACAGAGGGGUCAUGGACCAAUUUCCGUGAGCUUGGGGCCUCUGGGAGAGUCGGCUUCGAAGAGCGGAGCCACCAUACCACCGACAGGCUGAUAGGCGACGCCUGUCAAAAUUUCGACGUGGAAUAGUGGUGUCUAUGGCUCUGUAGGGCGGGUCACCAAAUGUGGAAUGCUUGCGGAAUCCAGAGAGGCGCCUCUCGUAGACGUGGUCUGACUAUCAAACAUACUUUUUUUGGUGAAGGAUUUGAGACUACAUUCUGCUAUUUGGGAACCCUCGGCCGCUGCAGGAUUUGCCUCAUUCCAGCUGAACCCCCACAACCGUCCCUCUAUCCACGCAGCCAUUCUUGGUUUAGAACUGGUACUUGAACUCGGGCGACCGGUCGGUGAACUCCUCUGGCGGAGUCACCACGCCCUGGGCGCGCUGCUCGGCCUUCCAGUUCUCACGCCUCUGGUAGAGCACGCGGAGAAUGUUGAACACGAUGAAGGCAAAGGCCAGACUGCCCAGGGACCAGGCGUGGCCGAGGACGAAUCUGGGAGCG